CAGGAAUGUGAGAGAGAGAGGGCAGAUAGAGGGUAUAAGAGAGGGAACACAAGACUUGAGUAGAAAAGCGAGGGAGACUGUAGAGAGACAGGGACAAACAGCAGAGCCAGCCAUGGAGAGCACCAUUGUACCAGACACCACUUCCCAUAUCCCCCCAAAGAAUAAUGUGACCAUCAGCAACCCAGCCGAUAUCUCCGUCAUUGUGGGAUACUUUGUCAUCGUCAUUGGAGUGGGCUUGUGGUCCAUGCGUAGAGCCAACAGAGGGACGGUAGGUGGGUAUUUUCUGGCUGGAAGAAGCAUGUCUUGGGGUCCGGUUGGUGCCUCACUCUUCGCCAGUAACAUAGGCAGUGGGCAUUUUGUAGGACUGGCAGGUACCGGAGCAGCUAGUGGCAUUGCUGUGGCUGGAUUUGAGUGGAAUGCUUUGUUUGUGGUCCUGGUUCUGGGUUGGAUUUUUGUCCCAGUCUAUCUGACAGCAGAGGUUGUGACCAUGCCAGAGUACCUGAAGAAGCGCUUUGGUGGGCAGAGGAUCCAGAUGUACCUGUCUGUGCUGUCUCUGGUCAUGUACAUCUUCACCAAGAUCUCUGUCGAUAUGUUCUCAGGAGCGGUUUUCAUCCAACUUGCAUUGGGCUGGAAUAUUUAUUUGUCUGUCAUUGCCUUGUUGGUUAUAACAACAAUAUAUACAGUGACGGGGGGCCUUGCUGCACUCAUGUACACAGAUACAGUACAGACUUUUGUCAUCAUUGGAGGGGCCUGUGUGCUGACUGGAUAUGCAUUCGAAGCUGUGGGGGGUUAUGAUGCCCUCAUGGAGAAAUACAUGAAGGCCGUGCCAACCGUGCUGGGCAAUGUGUCGGAAUCAUGUGCAGCACCUCGUGCCGAUUCACUCCAUCUAUUACGGGAUCCUAUAUCUGGGGACCUUCCCUGGCCGGCCUUGAUCCUAGGACUGACCAUUGUCUCCACUUGGUAUUGGUGCAGUGACCAGGUCAUUGUGCAACGGUGCCUGGCUGCCCGCUCCAUCACCCACGUUAAGCUGGGCUGUGUGCUGUGCGGGUAUAUGAAGAUCCUACCCAUGUUCCUCAUGGUUAUGCCGGGGAUGAUCAGCAGGGUCCUCUUCACAGAGGAGGUGGCCUGUGUGGAGCCCUCACGUUGUCUGGCUGCUUGUGGCACUAAGAUUGGAUGUUCCAACAUUGCCUACCCAAAGCUGGUCAUAGAGCUGAUGCCAAAUGGUCUCCGUGGCCUCAUGCUGGCUGUAAUGCUGGCCGCACUCAUGAGCAGCCUGGCAUCUAUAUUCAAUAGCAGCGGGACCCUCUUCACUAUGGACAUCUGGAGGAGGAUGAGACCCCAGGCAGUAGAGAAGGAGCUGCUGUUGGUGGGAAGGGUGUGGACAGUGUGUCUCGUGGCGCUGAGUAUCGCGUGGAUCCCAGUGGUUCAGGCUGCACAAGGGGGGCAGCUCUUUGAUUAUAUUCAGUCGGUAGCAAGUUUCCUGGCUCCACCCAUCGCCGCUGUUUAUUUUCUUGCGCUGUUUGUGAAGAGAGUCAAUGAGCCGGGCGCAUUCUGGGGACUGGUUGGUGGCCUGUUCCUGGGCUUGUGCCGUAUGGUGCCUGAGUUUGCCUUUGGAUCUGGAAGCUGCUCCGCUCCAAGCUCCUGCCCAACGAUAAUCUGUGGGGUUCACUAUCUCUAUUUUGCGAUCAUUCUCUUCUUGUGUUCUGGAGCCAUCGUGAUCAUCGUAUCCUUGUGCACCCCUCCAAUUUCGGAAAGAAAGCUCCAUCGCUUGGUCUAUAGUCUCCGGCACAGCCAGGAGCCACGGGAAGAAAUGGAGGAGACAGGGGUCAGCGACCCUCAGUCCCAGGAGAAGCAGGUAUCCGAUCUGCCAGAUAUCCGAGAGGACCCCAAGUACGCCCGUCUGGUGAAUAUCAACGCCCUCAUUAUGAUGUCCUGCGCAAUCUUCUUGUGGGCAUACUUUGCAUGAAACUCCAGGGGGGGUAUUUGUAAUAUAUUAAUUGCAUUUAAUAAACUGUGUUUUAUUUAAAGAA